GGAUCGGCGCAGAGCAUGGAGCAAAAAGGCUGCGGUCGCAGAAAAAAGCGUGAGGGUUAGUUCGGUUGUGUGAGUUUCGGAUUUCAGCACUCCGACUUGACGGAAUUUGGGAAUUCCGUUCACGUCCGAUCGGGGUUUCCGUUUCUUGCUCGUUCUAUGUUUCUCUAAUUCGUGAAAUUAGGGUUUCGGACUUUUGAGCAAAAAUAACCGAGCGAAUUCUUGCCCGUUAGGGUCUAAUUGGUCUUCAAUUUCUUGCUUAUGAAGUGGAACCCGAGAUCCGGGGCUACGGGUUUCCUGGAAGAUUUAUUGCAGUGCAAUCUCUGAUGUUCUCGCCGCAGAGGAAGGUGUGGUCGGGCUGGUCACCUACGCCGAGUGACGCACAGAAAAAUGGUGGCGCGUCUGUUUCAAACCCUAGGAACGGUGGAGGUGGUGAUGGAAGUGUUGCGAAGGGAAAAAAUGUUGCUUUUCUUGAAGGGCCCUCGCCUCCGCUGGGUUCUCUAGGUGAGAAUGGGAGAAGUGCGGUGGUAAGGUUGGAAAGUGGUACUGACAAGGAGGACUGGCAACGGUUUAAAGAGGCUGGGUUGUUGGACGAGGCGUUACUGGAGAAGAAGGACCGGUUAGCGUUUGUCGAGAAGGUCUCCAAGCUUGAAAAUGAGCUUUUUGAAUACCAAUACAAUAUGGGACUUCUUCUGAUUGAGAAGAAGGAGUGGACUUCUAAAUGUGAAGAAACCAGGCAAGCAUUAUUGGAAGCACAGGAGAUCAUUAAGCGUGAACAAGUAGCACACUUAAUUGCACUAUCUGAAGUAGAGAAGCGAGAAGAAAAUUUGAAGAAGGCUUUGGGUGUUGAGAAGCAGUGUGUGGCUGAUCUUGAGAAGGCUUUACGUGAGAUGCAUGCAGAGUAUGCAGAAAUUAAAUUCACAUCUGAUACAAAGUUGUCUGAAGCAAAUGCAUUGGUUGCGAACAUUGAGGAUAAGUCGUUGGAGGUAGAAGCAAAAUUGCGUGCUGCAGAGGCCAAGGGUGCUGAGGCAAAUAGAAAGAUUUCAGAGAUAGAAAGGAAGUUGCAAGAGGUGGAUGCUCGUGAGUGUGUCCUUCGAAGAGAGCGCCUGUCCCUAAAUGCAGAGCGAGAAGUGCAGGAGACAGCUUUGUCUAAGCAAAGAGAGGACUUGAGAGAGUGGGAACAGAAACUGCAGGAGGGAGAAGAGAGGCUGUGUGAGGGUCGGAGGAUUCUGAACCAGAGAGAGGAGAAGGCAAAUGAAAAAGAUAGGAUUCUUAAGCAGAGAGAGAAGGACCUCGAAGAUGCUGAAAAGAAGAUUGAGAUUACUAAUGUAACUCUAAAAAAGAAAGAAGAUGACAUAAAUGUCAUACUAGCAAACCUAGCUGUGAAGGAGGAGGAAGCUGAUACUGUCAAAAAGAACCUGGAGAUGAAAGAGAAGGAAUUGCUUAUGCUUGAAGAGAAGCUAAUUGCUAGAGAAAAAAUGGAGAUCCAGAAGCUCCUUGAUGAGCACAACUCCAUUCUGGAGAAGAAAAAGCAUGAGUUUGAGUUGGAAUUGGAGCAAAAGAGGAGAUCUCUGGAUGAAGAGUUGAAAAACAAGGUAGUUGCAUUGGAGCAGAAAGAAGUUGAAAUUAACCACAAAGAGGAAAAACUUGGCAAGCGGGAGCAGGCAUUGGAAAAAAGGUUGGAGAAAUCCAAGGAGAAAGAGAAGGACCUUGAGUCAAAAUUGAAAGCCUUGAAAGAAAGGGAGAAAUCUCUAAAAGCAGGGGAGAAGGACUUGGAGAUGGAGAAGAAACAAAUGCUUUCUGAUAGAGAAAACUUGCAGAUAAGUAAGGCUGAAGUUGAGAAGAUAAGAGCUGACAUUGAGGAGCAGCAGUUGAAGAUAUGUGAAGAGAGGGAAAAGCUCAAAGUAACUGAAGAUGAGAGGGCUGAUCAUGUUCAGCAGCAAUCACAGUUGAAGCAAGAGAUGGAUAAAUACAGGUUUGAGAAGGAAUUGUUUUUGAAGGAAGUUGAGGAUCUGAAGCAGGAAAGGGAGCAUUUUGAGAGAGAGUGGGAAGUGUUGGAUGAGAAGAGAACUAAAGUUAUGGAAGAGCUAAAAGAGAUGAAUGAAGAGAGAGAACGGCUGGAGAAGCUGAAAACCUCUGAAGAAGAAAAAUUGAAAAAUGAAAGGCUGGCAAUUCAGGAUUCAAUCCAGAGGAAGGAGGAAGCUCUCAAACUGGAGAAAGAAUCAUUUGCUGCCAGCAUGGAGCAUGAGCGAUUAGUGAUUUCUGAAAGAGCACGGAGUGAGCAUGAUAAAAUGCUUCGUGACUUUGAGCUGCAGAAAAGGGAGUUUGAGGCUGAUUUUCAUAAUAGGCAGGACAAAAUGGAAAAACACCUGCAGGAAAGAGAAAGGGAAUUUGAAGAGAAAAGGGAAAGAGAACAGAAUAAUAUUGAUUUCCUAACGGAAGUGGCACGAAGAGAAAUGGAAGAACUGAAGUUGGAAAGGCUUAGAAUCGAAAAAGAAAACGAAGAAGUUGCUGCAAACAAAAGGCAUCUUGAAGGAUACCAGAUUGAAAUGCGGAAAGACAUUGAUGAACUUGGUAUCUGUAGCAGGAAGCUUAAGGACCAGAGGGAACAAUUUAUGAAGGAGAGGGAACGCUUCCUUGCAUUUGUAGAGAAGCACAAGAAUUGCAACAGCUGUGGAGAAUUAACAAGUGAAUUUGUUCUCUCUGAUCUCUGGACCCUUGCUGAAAUUGAUGAUGCAGAGGCACUUCCUCUGCCAAGACUGGCCACAGAUUAUCUAAAGGAGUCUAUUCAAGGUAGUGGUGCUAGUGCUGAGAGGACAAAAAUUGAAGUGUCUCCUGGAGGGUCAGUUUUGGCUUCUCCUCCUGGUGGACGCAUGUCUUGGCUGCGGAAAUGCACAUCGAGGAUAUUUAACCUGUCCCCGAUCAAGAGGAAUGAGCAAGUUGCUGGUCAAGGACUGCAUAUGGAAUCCCCAUUUCUUGUUCCAGAAGUUAAUGUAGAAAAAGAGACAUCAAAAAGAUUAGUUGUCACUGAAGAUGAACCAGAACCAGAACCAUCAUUUGUGGUACCUAGUGAUUCUUUUGAUGCCCAGAAGAUCCAGACAGAUAAUAGCAUCAGAGACUUGCAAGCUGAACCUACUUUGUCUGUUGGUGAACAGAGUAACAUGGAUAACAUGGCACAAGAAUUUCCAGAAGAUUCCCAACAAUCAGAGCUGAAGAGUGGAAAGCGCAAAUAUGUGAAGAAACACAAGCCUGCUCAAAGAACACAUUCUGUAAAGGCAGUUGAGGAUGCAAAGACCAUUCUUGGGGAAAACCGAGAGGAGGAUAAGAAUGCACAACCAAAUGGUAAUGCACAGCCAAAUGGUAAUACUGAAGAUAUUUCCAACCUUAAUGAGGAAAGCCAAGGAGAUUAUGGUGUUGCAAGCAUGGGGCGGAAGCGUAACCAUGCUCAUGUUUCUGUAACCACUGUGAGUGAGCAGGAUGCAAAUGAUAGUGAAGUGCACUCUGAUAGUGUUACAACAGGUGGACGGAGGAAGAGGCGGCAAAUAGUUGCACCAGCCAUGCAAAAACCAGGUGAAAAGCGGUACAACCUAAGGCGGCAUAGAGCUGCGGGUAGAGCUGUAUCAGCAGCCCAAGAAACAUCCAAUCUGACGAAAGGAACGAAGGUGACUGAUGGCGGUGAUGCAACUAGCGAAGAAGCUUCUAAACCGGAAGCUUCUAUUACACCUCCACAAGUUAGCGAGAAUGGACAAAAUGCACAUGUGGUGCCGGUGACAACAAGAGAAAGUAUAGUGGAAGUUCAUGAGUUCUCAGCAGAUGGGGUUGUCAGACAGUUUGAGGCAGCAACUGAUGGUGACAAUGCCGAUGUGGCAAAAUCGAAUGAAAAUGUGGAAUUUAGUGAUGAAGUGAACGGAAUAACAGAAGGGGCUACUGAGUAUGGUUAUGAGGAAGAGUAUGCGAGUGAAGUUGGUGAAGAUGAGGGUGAGGUGGAAGAUGAGGAUGGCGACGAGUCCGAGCAUCCUGGUGAAGUGUCAAUCGGGAAGAAGCUAUGGAAAUUUUUCACGACAUGAUUAAAUUCCACUUGCAUUUUUAGCAAUACCGGAGAUGACGAGUCUUGACUGCAUCAAGUUUUUAGAGCUUGCUGUUAAGAGCGCUCUCUGGUGUAAUGUGUAUUAACAUUUGGAAUAUACUGUAACUAGAGAUCUUCAUUUCAAGUUGGGGUAGGAUGAUAGGACUCUCAUUCUUGUUUCUUUUUGUUUCAUUUUUCUUUUUCUUGUUUUGGUUUCCUUCUUUAGGAUAUUGGGCUGUUCUAUUAUUUACGACACGCCUGGUUGAUUGGAUAUGGUAACCAUGGUCCAGUCCACAACAUUGACACUGGGAACCUGCCUUGUCCAUUGCCUAAAUUGUUUGUAACAACUACUGUAUUUUACCUUUUUUUUUUUUUCAUUUGAAGCAUAUUUAUUUUCCAGGGUUCAGUGAUC